AUCCCGCCAAAAUUUUAUUCGAACGCUUGACGUUAAGAAAGUUUGUUAUUUGUUUUUGUUUAAAUUAUAUUUUGAAGAAUUUAACGAUAAGAAUGGAAUUAGAAGAUGAACAAAUAACAGAUGUUCGAAAGCGUCGUUCAUCUGUUUUUCAAAGAAGAUCCAUAUUAUUUACAGGAGAAAACAAUGUUUCGGAAGGUUUGGAUGAAACGAAAAUUGAUGACAACUCCUCAGCACCAAAAGAGAACAACCAAGAUGCGCAGAAUGUUGCCGAAGCUUUUGAUUUACAAGCGUAUGUUGAUAAAUUGAAAGUAGAAAUUUCUGAUUGGCGUGAUGUGAUAAAAGAACGUCAGGAAGAAUACAAAAAACUCAUGAAAAAAAAAUCGAAACUGAAGAAAAAAGGACAAGAAGUUGAUUUGAAUUUAUUGUCGGCGGAUGAAAGAAAAUUCUUUGAUAAUCGUCCAAAUUUGGAUCUUCUGAUGAACAACACCAAGGAACUCAUGGACAUGACAGUGAAGACUGUCAUUCUUAAUCAACAUUACGUUCAACGAUACGAAUACCUUCAAUCAUUAUGUGAACAGAAAAUGAAUGAGGCAAAGGAGAAAUUAAUUUCGAUGAUUGAUAAAUAACAAAUACUCGGUAACAAUACAAAUUUUUUCUAAUAUUUUUAUAUUUCUUUUUUUAUUCGAAUUAUUUAGUUUAUAGGAUACAGUCUCAUCAGUUUUACAAAUUAUAUAUAAAAUAUUAAUAUAGAUAAUAUAAAAUUAAGUUUAAAAUUAUUUUCUAAACUUAAUUAAAAUUUAAUUUACAAAAA